AUGUCGGUAGGUGAAAUUGGUUGGGUUCCCCGAGACCACUAUCAGUAUUUCUAUAAAGCCAUAAGUUUAUAGCAGUGUGUACAUGAAUCCCAUAUCCAGCUACUAACAUCAGAAAUCCAGCAGCGUGGUAGCCAUAAGAAUUCCUGGUUCUUCGAUAGCCAACCAGGCUCCCGAAACAGGCUCUUGCCAUAGCCUAGUACAGGCCCAGUUAUAUAUGUGACUUUGGAGUCAUCCGUUUAAUAUAUUAGCUAAAGUUUCAUUUUGAGCCAUGGUGUACCAAGUUUCAUAGGCGGCCAAAAAUAGAAGUAUGGAUAAUAGUUGGAAUACCUGGGGAUCGUCUUCGAAUAAUGUUGAUGAUGAUGACGAUGACUGGGAACUAAUCCAAUGGGCAAUGGUUAUUCUAUUCAACCCUGUGUCUGAACGUCUAGCAGGAUAUAUAUUGCCUCUACCAUGCAGAAACAGCAUGCUAAGUGGCCGUGCGUAUGUGCAAGAAGUAAUUGAUGGCCAUCCUGCAAGAGUACUUGAGAACUGUAGAAUAACGGUGGAUUCUUUCAUGCGCUUAUGUGACAUUCUUGUGAGUGGGGGAUAUGUACCACAAAAUUCCCAGAAAAGAGUGCUCAUAGAGGAAGCAGUGUGCAUGACAUUAGUCAUGUUGAGUCACAAUCAUCGAAUGCGCUGCCUCGCCGAACGAUUCCAACAUUCCCCGGAAACCAUCUGCAAGAACAUUCAUGAGGUGUUGCGGGGGCUUUGUGAGUUGGGAAAAAUUCUCAUAAAGCCGAGAGGACAAAACGAGAUUCAUCCAAAGAUUUACACCGAUAGGCGAUUUGCCCAAUGGUUUACGAAUGCUGUAGGUGCAUUAGAUGGUACACAUAUUCCAGCACAUCCGCCACCUGGACAGCAAGCAGCGUAUACGAAUAGACAUGGGCAAGCAACUCAAAAUGUACUAGCCAUUUGCGAUUUUGAUAUGCGAUUUUCAUAUAUUUAUGCUGGUUGGGAAGGAAGCGCCCAUGAUGCACGCGUCUUGGACGGAGCACUAACAGGACCUGCACAUUUUUCGAUGCUCCCUUCAGGAAAAUACUACCUUGUGGACUCGACAUACAGAAAUAUUCCUGGAUUUCUUGCACCUUAUCGUGGAACACCUCGACAAAAUGCUCAGGGCCGACGUGGCUCUUCCUCCCCUAAGCAACUUUUCAAUACUCGUCACUCAUCACUUAGAAAUGUAAUUGAGAGAUGCUUUGGGGUGCUUAAAAGGAGAUUCACUAUCCUACGCGGUCCUGUACCUAAUUUUUAUAUGAGUACACAAAUAAAUGUGGUGAUAGCUUGUUGUACUCUACACAAUUUCAUACGAGAUGAAUUGCCAGAUGAUGACAUAUUCAAUGAUCAUGAUCAGGAGAUGGAUAUCGAAGGAGAAGGUGGGGUCCCACCUAUGCCAGAAAUUCAACCCUUAAGUGCCUCACAACAAGAGGUCAAUGAAUGGCAUGAAAUGAGAGAUGAAAUGGCAAAUGGAAUGUGGAAUGCAUAUCGGAGUGCGAGACGAAGGUGAGGGAUUUGUAGUGAAUGACUGCUGUGUGUUAAUACUAGUGUGAUGCGAAUAAGGUUAAUCCAAGUAUUGUAGCAAAAAUGGGCAAAUUCCCACAGUUUGCUUGUUUUCGUCUGUAUGUUUCCUAAUUCCUCUAUGCUUGCUUCACAACUGAGUGGCCAAGGU